CCAAUCAGCGGAGAGAAACAACUACUCACUGUCCUUCAUACAAACACAUGUUUGCUAGCAGUUAGCUGCGGCUAAAACACGAAAAGUGGCAGCAGACGCCACUGAAGAUGGUGAACUUCAGUAGAAUUUGUCUCCGGAAGUAUGGAAACUUUGUGGACAACCUGCGUCUGUACGUCCGCGGAGGCAGCGGCGGGAUGGGUUUACCUCGUCUGGGCGGACAGGGAGGCAACGGAGGAGAUGUUUGGGUGGUGGCGAUGAAGAACACAACCCUGAAGAGGAUCAAGGACAAAUACCCACAGAAGCGUUUUGUAGCUGGAGCAGGAGCCAAUAGCAGUGUUCGAGCUCUGAAAGGAGAAACGGGGAAAGACAAGGAGGUCCACGCUCCUGUUGGUAUCACUGUUACUACUGAUGACGGCAGAACGAUCGGUGACCUGAACGCUGACGGCGAUCGUGUGUUGGUGGCUAGAGGAGGCUCCGGGGGCUCUUUGCACUCUGGCUUUGAGCCCAGUAAAGGUCAGGCCAGACACAUCAGGCUGGACCUCAAACUCAUCGCUGACCUCGGCCUCGUGGGGUUCCCAAACGCAGGGAAGUCUUCUCUCCUGACAGCUUUGUCGAACGCAACGCCUCAGAUCGCCAACUACGCCUUCACAACUUUGAAGCCGGAGAUCGGCAAACUGAUGUAUCAAGAUUACAAGCAGAUCUCUGUCGCUGACCUCCCGGGGCUGAUUGAAGGUGCCCACAUGAACAAAGGGAUGGGCCACAAGUUCCUAAAACACGUGGAGAGGACCAAGCAGCUGCUGUUUGUGGUGGAUGUUUGUGGUUUCCAGCUGGCGAGUAAAACACAGUUCAGGUCGGCCUUUGAAGCUGUGCAGCUUCUGACCAAGGAGUUGGAGUUGUACAAAGAGGAGCUGGUGUCCAAACCUGCACUACUGGUGGUGAAUAAGAUGGACCUGCCUGAUGCUGAGGACAAACUAGAAGAGCUGCAGGAGCAACUAGAAAACCCAGAAGAAUUCUCCGAUCUGCUGCCUGCUGACAUGAUACCAAAGAACUAUUUGACCUUCAGACACGUGGUUCCCGUUUCUGCCAUCACCGGCUUCGGUAUCAACCACCUGAAGAGCUGCAUCCGUCAGUCCCUCGAUGAAGACGCAGCCGCCGAGACUAAAGCUGUGCAUCUGGAGAAGCUGCAGGCUCUGACAAACAACUCGCACCAGCGUCAGUGACACACAUGGACACAGAAAGGAAAAUUCAGUGGAAACUACGGUGCACGAGGAUGUUUUGCUGCCAGGAAAAGUGCAAAGUAGUCGAACUGCGACAUCCUUGGAGAAACACCUGCAGAAACUGUCAGUACACAGAGUUCUGUAGAAGCGAUGAAGGACGAUUUCACAGCCAAAACAGAGUGCAGUGAAGCUCAGCGAGUUUGGCAGGAGUUAGUCUGCGCUUCGAAUGUCGGCUUGUUUGUUUGAAGAUUGUCAGAGUCUGAAUAACUGAUAUGAAGUUACAAGACUGAUGAAAUGAUUGAAAUAACAGCUUCAUGUUGCUCUCAGUUAAAGGACGGGGUUGUAGUGCCAUUCACUGAUGCAGAAGAGUAGAGGUGCUUUUGUAUAAACCAGGUCUUUUCUGUUUGACUCACUAAGAUUAAGAUUGUUAAGAUUGUUGUAUAAGAGUAAUUUACACACAAUUCGGUAUCCAUACAUAACAUGCACAUGCAUAACACAUGCUAGUGCUCAGCGCAAGGUCAUUUUUUAUUAAAGAUUUCAUCCGUCGGAAAUGAUACGUCAACUGAGCAGCCUUGGCAGAGUACUGCGCUCUGAGUGCUUUUCUAGUUUAGUAUGUUGUUGAAAAUAUCACAAAAACAUGUGGUCCAAAAUGGGGUAAAAAUGUCAUAGUUUAGUAUGUCGUCCAAAAUGUGGAAAGAACGUCAUAGUUUAGUAUGUUGUCGGUCCGUCUAUAUUUUGGCAAUUGGAUUUUCCGUGCUGAAACGGAUAUUGAAAAACAAAAAACGAGUGGUGGUUUGAUUUUCGUUUUAAAAUACAAAAAAAAUUGAAAUACAAGGCGUUUUUCCUUAUUUAUGAUCAAAAGGGAUAUAUGAAUUUUUUUAAAUGCUUUGAUUUUCAUUUUAUAUUUAGAAUAACAAAUAAAUAAAAUCAGUAAGAGAAAGAAACGAAAAAAAGGUCCGUUUUUCAUUUUCUGAGGCCGGAAGUGGUCAUCAGCAAGUGUGGAGCCAAACGACAACAAGAUUCUCAGAGGGCGGAGCCAGAGAGCAGUGAUUGGUCAGACUGACUGAGAGCCAGACAGCAGUGAUUGGUCAGACCAUAGACAAUAUAGAAGACAUCUAUGGUCGGCACGUGUGGUAGCAUCUCUGGCUGCUGUGGAUCUUGUUUUUGGAGUAAAACACGGUGGAAGCUGAAUUAGUGAGGAUGACUCCUGCUCCUGUCAUCUCUAAACUCCUCCCACAUCUUUACCUGCACAUGAGGAAAAUCACUCCUGUAGAAUGCAGUGGUUCAUCAGAACCUCUGGGGAUGUCCUGUGGAUCCUGUGGGUUGCAGGGUGGAUCCUACCUAGACCAGGCUGAUCCUGGACCAUCCUACAGAUGCUCAAUCAGAUCUGGAUGUGGGGAUUGUGGAACCCAGAUGUUCAGAGGGAGAUGAUGCCACAUCUGGUCCAGCUGAUGGAAGGUCUUGAAGUUCUCUGACUGGCCUGGACUGAAGAUGGUCGUCUCACUGGAUUUAAGGUUCAGAUGCUCAGUAACAAACUCCACCAAUGAGCCAACAGGGAAGCUUUAGGUUUAUUAAAUGUUGCUAUGAAGGUAUCGCUGUUUUUCUUUGUGAAUGCAAUGUGCUCCAACUGAAACUUGAAUUAGAACUUAGAAGUAAAUCCUUCCAUCUGAAAGGAUUUAGUUGCAUUAAUAACCUCAUAACAUCCUAAUUUUUAUUCCAGUCUUGGUUGGAAAUAGAAUCUCUGUAUUGAUUCAGGUAAAAACUGAACUUCACAGCAUGUUGGAGCAAAACAACCAGAUGAAAACUGUGAUGGUGUUGGAUUGUCAGACCGUAAUGUUGCAGCUCAAAGCAGCUUUUCUAUCUCAGUUCAUUCUGACAUUCAGCUAUGAAUCAACACAGCAGAUGGUGAUCCAUGCUGUGGAAGUCUCACAUCUCCUGAUUUAAUGGAGCUGCUUUGCACUUUUUACACUGUUUAUUCACCAACACUUUAUUUAAUAAAAGUCCCAUCUAGUUUUUAUGAGGAAUGUGAUGUUUUAAUUUCUCUGUGAAUAACUGCAGUCUAAUGCAACAGCUAGAGUUGUAACAUCUGUCCUGAUAUUGAUCAUGAAGUAUUGAUCAGAAUACUUAUGGUCAGCAGUCAUCCCUGUAGUUUUACAUUAAAAUCUUUACUUGUGUUGUGAACUUUGGUAAGAAGCAGAAACAUUAGCGUUGCCAUGGAUACAUGAGUGUUAAAUUCUGUCCAUGUUUCCAUUUUGGGAAAUGCAGUCCAGAUGAGUUUGUUUUUACUGCCAGCUACCAUUCAGUCUGAGAUAUUAAGAAUAAAUAAAUGUGCAUAAUGUGGAAAUGAACAGAUUUUAUUUUUAUUUAUUCCUACAGUUGCUGCAUGUAAAGUUCCAAAAUGUGGAUGAAUUUAGUCUCACAAUCACAGACAAUAAAUAUUAUCUGAAAGUCGGGUUAUUCUUGUUUAUCAGCACAAUACAAAAAGAUUAAUGUUAGAAAUAUUCCAGUUAAGACUCUAAGAAUAUCAUGAUUUAUGUAAAUUUACCUCAAUAAUAUGAAUGUUCAGGUUAAGAUUGUGCAGUGAUAUUUAUUAUGUAAGUUUAGCUGAUUAAAGUUUAUGACUCUGCACUAAAAUAUUAUUUAAAUUGACAUCAUUAAUAUAAUAUUUAGGGUCAGACCCUACAGUAUUGAGAUUAAGAAAUCAAAUAUUCUAUAAAAUGUAAAUACACUGAAUUCAUUUAGAUAUAUUUAAGUGAGACUCUACAAUAUUAUUUGACACAAAUCUAUCUAAAUCCAAAUUUUAAUCAUUUUUUCUCCAAACAUUUACUGGACUGAUUUAAAUAUUAAAAUCACUCCUUUCUAAUCCUCUGCUGUACGUUCAAACCUGAGACCUUAAAUAGAAACACACAAGUAUCUGAUUGAAGGAACUUCUGCAGAGUCCUGGUUCCAGAACAUGAUGAUAGAAUUAUAGACAAACUUUAACAAAAGCUGCCUGAGAGUUUACAGGUUUUUAUGUUAGAUUUCUUCAGUAAUUUAAUGAGAGUUAUCAGCAAAAAGCAAGUGUUCAUUUGAUGAACUUCAUUUCCUAAAACAUCCAGAAUUGGAGCUCAUAUCUUUGGCAGCUGUAAAGUUUCUGCUCCUUCAAAGUUCACAACACAAUGAAUGAAUUCCUAAAACACUCUCAAUGCUGGAGAGCGUUUGAUGCUGAAGCAGUGAUCAGUUUUUCAGUUUCUUCUCUGGAGAUGCACAAUGAGGGACGUCUGCAGAGACUGAGAAAGAGUCUCACCACAUCCUGACAUGAGGAAAAAGACUUUAUUGAAGACUACAAUGAGAAAACCUAUCAGACAGCAGACGGCUGCAUUCAAGGUGAGCUCUGAACAUUUGAUCUGGAACAGGAAUUCAAUAACGGCAGCAUGAGCUUCAUUUCAAUCUGUAGCUGCUGAAUUCAUGGAUGAAUCAUCUGGCACUAGAGAGGAAGACCAUCAAACAUCCAUGUCAGCUGAUGGAGGUCCAAGAGUCUCACCAAACAAACAACCUACAGAGUGAAGACCUCAAAUCUGAUUGGACGGCCUCCUAUUCAGCCACAUGUGUGAACAAAUGCCUCUAAGCUGAUUUGUUUUCUAAAAUAAAUCUAGUUUGAGUCCUAA